CUGGCAACACAACAAUCCAAAGACUCAGUCUUCUCUUCCCUCUCUCAAUGGCAUGGUAACACCGUAACCAUUUGUUUGUGCUUCUCUUCUACUCCAUACAAUAAAUAAUUUAGUCCGAGAAGAGAGAAAGAAAAUAAAUUUCGUCGAGUUGGAGAGAAAAAAAAAUUAUCCUUUUUUUGUCAAGUCAUUCACACCCAAUUCUCUAUCCAUCCAUCCUUGUUCUGUCUUUUCUGGUAAAGCACUCUGUUUUACAUUCACACGCUAUUUUUUCCUUUCUCAUUGACUUCUGUAAAUAGUGUAUGGAUUGUAUAUACAAAUACUUGUAAAAGAGGUAGGAAGUGUUUUGGCUUUUAAUUUUGUUUGUCGGUAUGGGGCUUUGCUGGUCUUCUCCAUCUAAACCUCCUUCCAUAACAACAACAACACCUAGCUCUACCGGUAACAUCAGUUCAGGUCCAUUUAAGUCAACAACUACUGGAACAUCAAGAAGUACCAUAUCUAAUUUUAGUGGGUUCUCUGCGACAAGUGGUGAAGAUGCUCACCCUGAAGGUCAGAUACUUCCCAAUCCAAACUUGAGGAUAUUCAACCUUGCAGAACUUAGAGCUGCAACGAGGAAUUUCAAAUCUGAGAAUGUUCUUGGAGAAGGAGGGUUUGGGAAAGUAUUUAAAGGCUGGCUUGAAGAGAAAGGCCCUGGGAGUCACAGUACUGGUUCUGUGAUUGCUGUCAAGAAACUUAACUCUGAAAGCUUCCAAGGCUUUGAGGAGUGGCAAUGUGAGGUGAAUUUUCUUGGGAGGAUUUAUCAUCCAAACCUAGUGAAGCUGUUGGGAUACUGCUUAGAAGGUGAUGACUUGCUUCUAGUGUAUGAGUAUAUGCAGAAAGGGAGCUUAGAGAAUCAUCUCUUCAGAAAGGGAUCUGUUGUUCAGCCGCUCUCAUGGGAGAUAAGGCUUAAGAUCGCAAUAGGAGCAGCUAAAGGCUUAGCGUUUCUGCAUGCUUCAGAGAAGCAAGUAAUCUAUAGAGACUUUAAAGCUUCAAACAUUCUACUUGAUGGUUCUUAUAACGCAAAGCUAUCAGAUUUUGGAUUGGCCAAGUUAGGUCCUUCCGAGAGUCAAUCUCACAUCACAACACGAGUUAUGGGUACACAAGGUUACGCAGCUCCAGAGUACGUUGCCACAGGUCACCUGUAUGUAAAGAGUGAUAACUACGGGUUUGGUGUCGUUUUGGCUGAGAUCUUGACUGGUUUACGUGCGCUUGAUCCUCUCCGUCCUACAGGGCAACACAAUCUAACAGACUGGAUCAAGCCUCACCUGUCUGAAAGAAGAAAGCUGAGGAGAAUAAUGGACCCUCGUUUAGAAGGAAAGUACCCUUUCAAAUCAGCUUUCAGAGUAGCUCAACUGGCUCUCAAAUGUCUUGAAACGGAACAAAAGAACCGUCCGUCGAUGAAAGAAGUGGUGGAAUCUCUCGAACUCAUAUUAGUAGCUGCCAAUGAGAAACCCUUGGAGCGAAGGACCACUAGAGCUUCCCCAAGUAUAGGUCACCAACAAAGCCACUAUCGCCGGGAACAUCUGGCUUCGUUUCAACCUAGACAGACCGUGGCUCGAGCUCACUAGUGUUGUGUUUUGGACUCACGUGAUUCUUUUUCCUCUCUCUCUCUCUCUCUCUCUCUCUCUGGUUUUGUAUUUGUUUAAGAUAAUUAGAGAACAGUUCUUGUGUGUGUGUAUACUAUAUGUAAACAAAAGACAAAGCAUAUGUUGUAACUAGUAAAUGUGUGUAUACUACGUGUAACCAAAAGACUAAGACACAUUACGCUGUUUGGUUUGACGCAUGCUCUGUUUCAGAAAACUUGAGAACAUUCAAAUGGGCUGUCCGGAGAGGCUUUAGC